AUGGCAUUAAUUGGGGACCAGCGCUUAAAAGAGGAGGAUUUGCAUUCGUCGGAGCAGGCAGCGGUGGUGGAGGAGGAUUUGGGGGAUUCGGUGGUGGAGGAUUCGGAGAUGGUGGUGAAGGAUUUGGUGGAGGAGGAGGAGGCGAUGGAGCAGGCGGGGGAUUUGGAUUUGGAGGAGGAGCUGGGCUUGGUGGUGGAUUUGGAGCAGGUGGUGGUGGAGGAGGAGGCGGUGGUGGAGGAGGUGGAUUUGGAGCAGGUGGUGGUGGAGGAGGAGGCGGUGGAGGAGGAGGUGGAUUUGGAGGCGGAGGAUUUGGAGCUGGAGGAGGCGGGGGUGGCGGAGGAGGUGGUGGAGGGGGAGGAGGAGGCGGCGGUGGGGGAGGAUUUGGAGCCGGAGGAGGAUUUGGGGCUGGUGGCGGUGGCGGGGGUGGCGGAGGAGGAGGCGGCGGUGGCGGAGGAGGCGGUGGAGGAGGAGGAGGAGGUGGUGGUGGAGGAGGCGGUGGAGGAGGAGGAGGCGGUGGCGGAGGAGGAGGCGGCGGCGGUGGAGGAGGCGGCGGCGGCGGAGGUGCUGGUGGUGGUGGUGGUGGAGGAGGAGGCGGCGGCGGAGGUGGUGGUGGAGGAGGAGGCGGGGAUGGCGGAGGUGGAGGAUUUGGAGGAGGUGGAGGAGCAGGAUUUGGAGGUGGUGGUGGAGGGUUUCUCUCUCCAUUUUUGGCUAAAUAUGCAAAAGUUUUCACACCAUUUGCUGAACCUGGUGGUGGAGGCGGAGGAGGAGGAGGCGGUGGUGGAGGAGGAGGAUUUGGGGCUGGAGGAGGUGGUGGAGGAGGAGGUGGUGGAGGCGGAGGAGGUGGUGGCGGUGGAGGAGGAGGUGGCGGUGGAUUUGGAGCUGGUGGAGGCGGAGGAGGUGGUGGUGGUGGAGGAGGAGGUGGCGGAGGAGGAGGUGGUGGCGGAGGAGGAGGAGGUGGCGGUGGAUUUGGAGCUGGUGGAGGCGGAGGAGGUGGUGGUGGUGGAGGAGGUGGCGGAGGAGGAGGUGGUGGCGGAGGAGGAGGAGGUGGAGGUGGAUUUGGAGCUGGUGGGGGCGGAGGAGGUGGUGGAGGAGGCGGAGGAUUUGGAGCAGGUGGCGGAGGAGGUGGUGGUGCAGGAUUUGGAGCAGGCGGAGGAGGUGGUGGAGGUUUUGGUGGAGGAGGAUUCGGCAGUGCAGGAGCCGGUGGUGGUGGUUUUGGAGGAGGUGGUGCAGGAUUUGGAGGAGGUGGUGGAGACGGGUUUGGUGGUUUUGGAUUUGGAGGUGGAUUUGGAAACAUUGGUUUUGGAUUUGGUGGAAAAGGUCCAAAAAAAUAUGCUUUGA